AUGUAUCGCUGCUUUGUACCUGUCGGUUUUGGUGCGAGAGCCAUCGUGAGCCGGGCAUUUGGAUCAGAGAGAGGCCAGGCGUUUGGAACAGAGAAAGGCCAGGCGUUUGGAACGGAGAGAGGCCGGGCGUUUGGAACAGAGAGAGGCCAGGCGUUUGGAACAGAGAGAGGCCAGGCGUUUGGAACAGAGAGAAGCCAGGCGUUUGGAACAGAGAGAGGCCAGGCGUUUGGAACGGAGAGAGGCCAGGCGUUUGGAACAGAGAGAAGCCAGGCGUUUGGAACGGAGAGAGGCCAGGCGUUUGGAACAGAGAGAGGCCAGGCGUUUGGGACAGAGAGAGGCCAGGCGUUUGGAACAGAGAGAAGCCAGGCGUUUGGAACAGAGAGAGGCCAGGCGUUUGGAACAGAGAGAGGCCAGGCGUUUGGAACGGAGAGAGGCCAGGCGUUUGGAACAGAGAGAGGCCAGGCGUUUGGAACAGAGAGAGGCCAGGCGUUGGGAACAGAGAGAGGCCAGGCGUUUGGAACGGAGAGAGGCCAGGCGGCCUGCCACAGCGGCGCACCGUGGUCUCCGUCACCUCCUCGCUCUCUCCUGUCGCGGGCUAAUGAAGUGUUUGGCGUGGAGAUCAGGCUCGGAGCUGAUUGGCUGUUCCAACAGUCUCUGGAACUGUCCAACGCCGCCAUUACCGACGCCGCCAUUACUGAUCCCACCACAGCGCUAAAAAUAAUUCUGCUUUAA